CCCGAGGGAAAGAAGAAGCGGAGGGGAGGCAGGAAUCGCCUGCCCGCGCCUCCAUCGCCCUGCCGGCGACGGCCCACAUGCCGACCGCCUACAGCCUCCGCGCGCCGCCCUCCGCCUCGCAGCAGCGCCUCAGGCUGCCCCUACCGCCGCCCCCGCCGCCGCUGCCGUUUUGCCCGGGUGGAGGGGCCGCCCGCCGGAGGAGGGGUGUCGGGGUGGCGUCUGCGUCCGCGUCGCCCUUCGACGAGCUGCACGCGCGGGGGAGGCCCGUACAUGGACCCUCCAAGAAAUCCAUGCUCUGGAACUUGAUCCAGGAUAUAGAGCCCUUGGACCUAAGUGUCAUCCAGAAAGAUGUUGCUCCUGAAACAGUAGAUGCAAUGAAGAGGACUAUUUCUGGCAUGUUGGGUCUUCUUCCAUCUGAUCAGUUCCGUGUCAUUGUAGAAGCCCUUUGGAAUCCCUUCUUCAAGUUAUUGGUAUCUUCAAUUAUGACUGGGUAUACUCUGCGAAAUGCUGAAUACAGGCUUUCUUUUGAAAGAAAUCUAGAACUGCCUGAAGAAGGUGUAGAAUGCCUAAAAAGUGAUGUCACUGAAGAUAAUCAUCAUAACAUCAAUUUGGGAAGACCUGUCACUAUUUUUAGAUUAUCCGAAGAAGACAUGCCUCAGGACCCUGGAAAAACCGAUGAAGCAUCAUCUUAUGAAAAUAUGGGAGAAGAGCUUGGUGACUUAACACCACAGGCAGAGGAGUAUAUUAUUCAGAUGCAAUCUCAUUUGAAUGCCAUGAAAAAGGAGUUACAUGAUCUCAGGAGAAAGAAUUCUGCCUUACAGAUGCAGCAGUUUGUUGGGGAGGAAAAAAACGACUUGCUGGACUAUUUGAGGUCAUUAACACCAGAGAAGGUUGCUGAACUAUCAGAAUCGACGUCUCCCGGUGUGCAAGAAACUAUUCAUUCUGUGGUUCAUGGUUUGCUUGCUACUCUUUCCCCCAAGGUACAUUCAAAGGCCCCUCCACCGCUAGAUAACAUUUCUGGUGGUGUUCUAAACCUUGGGGGCGAGGAUGAUGAUCGUGCAGAACUUGUGGAGAAUGCUUCCCUCCCAUUUCAGCCCCUAAUAUCUGUUCCCCGUGAUUAUCUUGCACGUUUGCUGUUCUGGUGCAUGCUGCUGGGUCACUACAUUCGGGGUCUGGAGUACCGGUUAGAGCUUGCUCGGCUUCUGCGAAUAUCCAGCGUGGGUUCUUUCUCUGGUGGAGAUGAUCAUGUUGUUUGAGGGUACCACGUCUACUGAUAUUCCUCACCGGGAAGAAUGGAAAGGAAAGCCCUGGUCAAGAAAUGGGCCAUAUGGCAGAGCUGCAGAGGUGUCCGUUACACUGCUGAGCUAUAUAGUUGUAGUUCCUGUAUAUUCAGAAAACAGUCACUCGGUUGUAAAGCUAGUGUUACAUAUGCACGUGAACCAUUUUCUUUUUCUUCCUUUGAUGUUGUGCCGUAUAAAAAGAAUUUGGUGGUUCGUUGGUGUUUAUCUCGUGGUAGCAUAAUAGGCAUCCUUGUAUUCUAGUUGU